CAGGUGAAUGUUGUUAGAGGCCUCAAGUUGUACCAAGACAUAUUCACUGGUGCUGAGCUCUCAAAGUUGAGUGACUUUGUCAACGAACUCCGUUUGGCUGGUCGGGAUGGUGAACUCUCGGGAGACACCUACAUUUUAUACAAUCAGCAUGUGAAAGGGAACAAGAGAGAGUUGAUCCAGCUUGGGGUUCCCAUUUUUGGGCAGAUAAAAGAAGAUGCUACUGAUAAAUUUCAAAAGAGCUACAUUCAGCCGAUUCCAGCUCUUAUCCAGGAUGUGAUCGAUCACUUGAUUCAGUGGCAUCUGAUACCAGAGAACAGGAAACCCAAUAGCUGCAUCAUAAACUUCUUUGAUGAGGGAGAGUAUUCUCACCCUUUCCUGAAACCACCUCACUUGGACCAGCCCCUCUCCAUCUUGCUGCUCUCGGAAUCAACAAUGGCAUUCGGCCGAACACUCUUCAGUGAUAGUGAAGGAAACUACAAAGGACCCCUCACCCUCUCUCUCAAGGAAGGGUCUCUCUUAGUGAUGAGAAGAAAUAGUUCAGACACAGCUAGGCAUGCUAUGUGCUCCUCUCAAAAUAGAAGGGUGAGCAUUUCUUUCUUCAGGGUGAGGAGUCUCAGACGGGCCGAAGCAGAGAGUAGUUUCGAAUCCAUGAACGUAUGGCAACAAGGGCUCACAGCUCCAUACACCACACAAGAUAGCUACGAGACUUUUGAUGGAAUCCCCAAAUGUGGCUUUCUGCAGUCUCCUGUUGUGAUGCUCGCCCCAGUGAGCCCAAUGGCUAUCAGCCCCGGAGGUGCCCCACGUGGUGGCACCGGGGUUUUCCUUCCGUGGAGUGUCGGGUUGCCCAAACCUGCAAAGCACCUCCCACCGCGCGCACAGAGACAGCGGUUUCUUCCUCUUCCUUCCACUCUAGAUACACAGAGUUGAGGAUUGGUGCUGUGAUUUUGUAGCCCUAGAGAUUUUUUAAUUUGAAUUUUGCUAUUGCUUAUAUACUUUAAAGAAGCAAUUUUCCAGCUGGGAAUGAGUUGGUGCUUCGUUAGGUUUUUCUCUGCUUCUAUUCAAAUAGGUUUGAAUUACAAAUUUUGAAUUUCCCACAGUUGAAGUUGAAGUUGAGGUUUAGAAUAGGCAAGAGAGAGUUCAGUGUUGUAUCAACUUGUUUAUCUUCAGGUUGAAUCUUAUUUUGAGAUUUCGAAAG